AUGAGAAUGCCUCUGCCAUUCCCCUUUUCGAACGCAGAAAAUGAAAACAAUCCGCCCAGCAAGUACACCUACGACAUGAACCCAGACGUCGACCUAAGCUGGAACGACGUCUUCUUCGCCACCCUCUGGAACGAGAACCGCGCUUCACAGGGCGGAAAUCCCUACUUCUCCUCAUCCUACUUUCGCAUCAACGCCUCAUCCUCGACAACCACAACUUCAACACAAGCCCCAUCCUCAACCCCAGUCGCCAACAACACCGACACCACCGCCGAUUCCCAAUCAACCAUCCCCUCCUUAUCUGGUAAUGAUGGCGAGAGCGGCCUCGACGCUGGCGCCAAAGUCGGCAUCGGCGUCGGCGUAGGCCUGGGCGUGCCCGCCCUCGCCCUCGCCGGUCUCGCAGCCUUCUACUUCCGCCGUCGCGCUAAGAUCCAGGCGCAGCAGUUACAGAUGCAGCAGGCGCAACAGUAUCCACCGGGGGUUGGAGCGGCGGGACAGUAUGGCGGGCAACCCAGUCAGCCAGUCUCCGAACUGAGUGGUCCUGCACCGUAUAAACCGCCUACUAAUGCUCAGUAUAGAGCACCGAGUGAGAUUGAGGCGUCGAAUGUGGGUGCUGGUGUGCAGUCGAGGUUUCAGGAGUUAUCUGGGAACUGA